CUGCGCAUGCGUGCUCGUGUGUCACAGUAAUGGAGGAUCUUUUGGCUGCGCGCUGAAUCCCGCAGUAAGCGACGCGUUUUUCUGCGCAGUUUGAGGACAGAUCGCCUGCAGAUAAACUCCACAAACGCUUGCAGGAAUGGCCUCAGACUCAGUAGCCCCGAAUCCUGCUUUCAGGAUCAUGACCUUCCAUCCAACCAAGGAGGAGUUUAAAGACUUCAGUCGAUACAUCGCCUAUAUGGAGUCGAAGGGGGCACACAGAGCAGGGAUUGCAAAGAUCAUACCUCCAAAAGACUGGAAGCCCCGGCGUACGUAUGAUGACAUCGACGACCUGAUUAUUCCUGCUCCAAUUCAACAAGUGGUGACUGGUCAGUCUGGGCUUUUCACGCAGUACAACAUCCAGAAGAAGCCUAUGAGCGUCCGUGAGUUCCGUAAGGUCUCCAAUACAGAAAAAUUUUCCCGUCCUAGACAUGCAGACUUUGAAGAGCUGGAGAGAAAGUACUGGAAAAACCUUACCUUUAAUCCUCCGCUGUACGGAGCAGACGUAAACGGCACUCUCUAUGAUCCAGAUGUGAUGGAAUGGAACAUCGGUCAUCUGAACACCAUUUUAGACACGGUGGAAAAGGAGAGUGGGAUUAAGAUUAAAGGUGUGAACACACCGUAUCUGUAUUUCGGAAUGUGGAAGAGCACGUUCGCUUGGCACACGGAGGACAUGGAUCUCUACAGCAUCAACUACCUGCACUUUGGAGAACCCAAAUCCUGGUAUGUUGUGCCUCCAGAAAAUGGGAAGAGAUUGGAGCGGCUUGCUAAAGGAUUCUUUCCUGGGAGCGCUCAGAGCUGUGAAGCUUUUUUAAGGCACAAAAUGACCUUAAUUUCUCCAUCAAUUCUCAGAAAGUAUGGAAUCCAUCUUGAAAAAGUCACGCAGGAAGCAGGCCAGUUCAUCGUGACUUUCCCGUACGCCUAUCAUUCUGGAUUCAACCACGGAUUCAACUGUGCUGAGGCCACCAACUUCGCAACUCUUCGCUGGGUCGAUUACGGCAAGCAGGCAGCUUUAUGCUCGUGCCGUAAGGAUAUGGUGAAGAUCUCCAUGGAUUUGUUUGUGAGAAAGUUUCAGCCGGAGAGAUUCAAACUGUGGAAAGCAGGAAAAGACAAUGCCCCCAUCGACCACUCCAAACCCACCCCAGAGUCAGCGGAGUUCCUGCAGGGCGGAAAACCAGAGGCAGAGAGAGGAGAGCUGAGUAACAGCAGCACCACUGAGGGAGUGGUAGAAGAACGAGAGAAAGGAGAGACAGAAAAACGAAUGGAAAGAGCAGAUAAAGGGAAAGAAGUGAAGAAGGAGGCUACAAAAAAGGCUGAUGACAAAACAACAGGUACAGUGAGGGAGGAAAAAGAGGAAACAAAUGACAAAGAGAGCAGAGAGAAAAAGAUGGAAAGGGCUGAUGCAGAGAAAAUGACAGAAAAUGCAGAAAGAGAGGAAGAACCAUCUAAUAAAGAAAAGGCCGGUGUACAGAAAGGUGAGAUGACGACUGAAAACGAAAGAGUUGAGAAAAGAGAGAAAUCAUCUACGAACAAUAACACAGAAAGUGGAGAGCAAGAAAGAAAGAAUGAAGGAGGAAAUCAGGAGAGAGAAACAAUAGUGAUGGAAACUGAAAAGAGGGCAGAAACUGAUGAAAAAGAAGAAGACAAAAAAGAAAGAGAUGAACCAGAGCACAGAGAAGGAGGAGAUAGAGGAGUGAUGGAGAGAGACAGGGGUGGACAAUCAUCGACCAAACAAGAAAAAGAAGAUGAACAACUGAUAGAGAGCAAACCAAUAGAGAAGAAAGACAGAAAUAAAAGAGAAGAGACAAAAGACAAUCAAGCAGACAAAACACCUCCAGAGAGUGAAGAAAUGGAACAGAAUAAAGAAGAAAACAGAGAAAUGGAGAAAGAAGAGAGUGGAGAAAGAGAGAUAAAAGAAGAAGAUAAAAACUCAAUAGAUGUAAAGACUGAAGCAAUAGAUGAGACAGAGGGAGAAAAAAGAGAGACAGAAACAACAGCUAUGAAGAAAACAGAGGCAGAAAAGGGAGAAACGGAAGCAGUAGAGAUGGAAACUCAAGAAAAAGAGCAAAUAAAGGCAGAGAAAGGAAAGGCAGAGGCAGAAGAGAUGGAGAAUGAAGACAUGGAAAAACCUGAGGUAGAAACAAAAGAAACUGAUACAGAACCGAAUAGAAAAAGAGAGAAGAAUAAAGAAGAGGAAGAAGAAAGCUCAGAAGAUAUGGAGAUUGCAGAAACAGAAAAAAAGAAGGCAGAAAAUGGAGAGACAGAGGCAGGAGAGAUGGAGACUGAAGAAAUGAAGAAACCUGAGGAAGAACAAAGAGAGACGGAUAAAGAACAGAGUAGAGAAACAGAGAAGAAUGAAGGAGAGGAAGAAGAAAACUCAGUAGAGAUGGAGACUGCAGGAACAGAGAAAGCAAAGGCAGAAAAUGGAGAAACAGAGGCAGGAGCGAUGGAGACUGAAGAAACGGUAAAACAAGAGGCAGAAAAUAGAGAGGCUGAUAAAGAACAGAGUGGAAAAAGAGAGAUGAAUGAAGGAGGGGAAGAGAAAGCUAAGGCAGAAAAUGGAGAGACAGAGGCAGGAGAGAUGGAGACUGACGAAAUGCAGAAACCUAAGGAAGAACAAAGAGAGAAUGAUAAAGAACAGAGUGGGGAAAGAGAGAAGAAUAAAAGAGGAGAAGAAGAAACCUCAGAGAAAGCUAAGGCAGAAAAUGGAGAGACAGAGGCAGGAGAGAUGGAGACUGAAGAAAUGGAGAAACCUGAGUCAGAUAAUAGAGAGACUUAUAAAGAACAGAGUGGAGAAGCAGAGAAGAAUGAAGGACGAGAAGAAGAAACCUCAGAGAAAGCGAAGGCAGAAAAUGGAGAGACUGAGGCAGGAGAGAUGGAGACAGAGAAAGAUACAGAUAGAGAAGACAUAAAGGAUGAAGUAAAUAAAGAAAGCAAAAAUACAGUUUCAGAACUGCAAGAUCUGGAGGAGAAUACAGCAAAGGAGGAGGGGAAGAUAAAGGAGGAGAAUAAUAUUGGAGAACUGGCCAGUGAAAACGGAGAGUCCGAAGGUGUCGAGAAUCAUAUGACCAAACAAGAACUGGACACAGCGGAGAUGAAGCCUGAAGAAGAAAUGAAGAAUGAAAGAAGUGAGAGAGACUCAAGCAUGAUUGAAGAAGCUAGUUCAGAGCUGAACACUGGAAAAGAAAAAGCAGAGAGUGAGAGCUGUGAGUUGGUGAGAGGAAAGACUAAUGAAGAGGAAGGAAGAAAGAUGGAAACUGGAAAUGAAAAGGACGAGACAGGAACUGAAAGAGAAGACAAGGAAACCAAAGAAGAAGAGAAAAAUAAAGAAGAAAGAGAAGAGACAGACGAGCACGGAGAAGAAGAGAAGAGGAAAAAGAAAAAUAAUGAAAAGCCAAGCAGCUCUACAGCUCAGGAGAGAAGAAGCUAUAGGCAGAAAGGAAGGAAGCGGAGGAGAGGAACCGCUGCUGGUGCACGCUCUGGUUCUGGUUCAGCUGAGGUUGAGGGACAGGUGCAGCGGAAGAGAGCCAGGCUAGUAAAGCCUGAUGCAAAGCAAGAUAAAGAACAGCUGGAUUCAGAUGAAAGAGAAGAUGAAGAGGAGAGGAUGGAGGUCAACACUCCUUCAUCAAACCAGGAACAAAAGCCAGACCACCAUAAUUCUCAUCCAAAGGCUCCGCCUUGUCCAUCAGAUGAUGUCAUCUCCACUCCAUCACCUCUCAGCCUCAUUCCAUCUAAAUGUAGUGAUGCCACACAGCUUGAUGGCAUCACCAAUAAUAACCCAAGCCAUAGCAGUUCUCUGUCGACUCCUGUCACUGCCUCCAGUGACAUCAUAACCCGUCAGCAGUGUGACAUCAAUGAUAAGCUAAAUUGCAUCAUCAACACCCAGCUUAGUGAUGUCAAUUUUCAGUCGUGUAAUAACGUCUCCUCACAGCUUAGGGACGUCACCUCUCAGCCAUGUGACACCACCUCACAGUCAAGUGACAUCAUCCCAGAGACAAGUCAUAGUGAUGAGUCGAGGGGUGUCAUCCCUUCCCAGCAGAAUCCCAUCAGCACCUCUCAGCCAAGGGAUGCCAUCACCUUCCAGCAGAGUGAUGUCAUUCUUCAGCCACGUACCAACAACACCUCCCGUCCGAGUGACGUCAUCAAUCCACAGCAGAUGGAUGUCACUUGUCAUAUGAGUGACACCAUCCCCUCCCAGUCGUGUGAUGUCACUUGUCCAACGAGUGACGCAACCCCUUCCCAGUCAAGUGAUGUCACCUCUCAGUUAAGUGACAUGGUCACCUCCGAGCACAGUGAUGUCACAUGUCAACAGAGUGACAUUAUCACUUCCCAGACAAAUGAUGUUCCUUAUCAGCCCAGUCAGACGAAUGAAAUCAACCCUCUACCCGCUGAAAUCCUCACCUUCCAGACGAGUGACAUCACUGAUAACCCUGAUAAGCCAGCACAUAGCCCUCUGUCCGUUCAUGACAACUCUUCUGUCACCUCACCGCUGAGUGACAUCAUCUGUCAACCUGCUAACACCAUUUCCCAGCCCAGCACAGUCACUUCGCGCUAUGACCUCAAAACUAAAACCGCUAAUGCCACCAGUCAGCCUAGAGUCUUCGCUUCUCCACGUAGUGCCAUCACCUCCAAGCCCAGCAAAAUCACAGCUAAACCUCAGUCUGGCGACAUCGCCACAAGGCCUGAACCAAGUGACCUCAGCGCUCGAGCGAAACACACCAACAACACCAGGCACCGCAGUGAAGCCAGACACAGCAAAGCCAGCCCUAAAGCUGAGAGCAAAUCCAAAGAGAGUCACUGUGGCUUUACAUCACCACAGGGUAGCGAGAAGCAUUCAGCUCAGCGUCUUUUCCAGCGGACUCUGAGUCCCGCUGAGGUGCUGCAUGUCCACAGCUACGCUAAAGGAGACUACAGCGACAUGGACGUACACAGCAGAGAACCGCUGAGAGACAGCGACACAGACACAGAAACACUGGAGGACAGCCAGCUGAUGGCAGAAGAAGACUCUGAAAUUGCUCUUAACAGUCUGGUGAAGCUGCCCAGGCACCAUCCUUUAAUGAAGGAUAGCAUCAGUGAUGAAGAGCUACAGGAGCAGGCUGGAGUUGAAGAGGACUGGUUAGAGGGUGAAUCGUGGGCAAAGCCUCUUGCUCAGCUGUGGCAGAACAGGCCGUAUAAUGAAGAGAGGGAGAGGGAGUAUAACAGAGAGAUGGGCCUCCAGCCUCCAUACUGCGCUGUCUGCAUGCUCUUCCAGACGUACCUGCGGUCUGAAGGUGGAGAUGUUGAGGUAGUCCGGGCUGGGGGUCAGAUGCGGACGAAGCCGAUGAUCCCCGAGAUGUGUUUCAGCACGACCACAGAGGAAAACGCAGAGCUCGCCCUGUCCACACCUUACCUGGAGCAGGACGGCACUAGCCUGCUCAUCACCUGCUCUCAGUGCUGCGUUCGUGUUCACACCAGCUGCUAUGGUGUGUCCCCUGAGAGAGUCACCAAAGACUGGAAAUGUGCUCGCUGUAAAGCCAACGCCUUGACUGAGAGUUGUUGUCUGUGUUCGUUGAGAGGCGGAGCCUUGCACAGAGCCAACAAUGACAAGUGGGUGCAUGUUCUGUGUGCGGUGGCCGUGCUGGAGGCACGUUUUGUGAAUAUUGCUGAGAGAUCGCCGGUAGACCUGAGCGGAAUUCCCUUGCAGAGAUUCAAACUGAAAUGUUAUUACUGUAAGCGGAGGAUGAAGAAGCCGUCGGGCUGCUGUGUGCAGUGUUCUCACGGCCGCUGCCCCACGUCCUACCACCCCACCUGCGCCCAGGCUGCAGGUGUGCUCAUGCACCCAGACGACUGGCCCUUCGUCGUCUAUGUCACCUGCUGUCGCCACAAAGGACCCGUGCAUUUAGAGCGAAACAAAGAGACCAUGAGGGAGCUCAGCGUGGGCCAGAAAGUCAUCUGCAAACACAAAAAUGGCCGUUACUACCAGUGCGAUGUGAUUCAGCUUUCCAAAGAGACGUUUUACGAGGUCAACUUUGAUGAUGGCUCCUUCAGUGACAACCUCUUUCCUGAGGACAUUGUGAGCCGUGACUGCAGUCAGCUCGGUCCUCCACCCUCUGGGGAGGUUGUGCAGGUACGGUGGACCGAUGGACUCACCUAUGGAGCCAAGUUUGUGGCAGCUCACGUCACCCAAAUGUACCAGGUGGAGUUUGAGGAUGGAUCACAGCUCCCAGCCAAGCGGGACGACGUCUACACGUUAGACGAAGAGCUGCCGAAGAGGGUGAAGUCCAGGCUGUCUAAAGCAUCAGACAUGCGUUUUGAUGAAAUGUUCGGCGAGAAGAAGGUCCAGGACAGCAAGAGGCAGCGAGUGAUCAACUCCAGGUAUCGGGGAGAUUACAUCGAGCCCGUCAUCUACAGAGCCAUCAUGGAGUAGCCAGGAGGAAGCCACACCUUCUUUAUACCACCAGCACUGAUGCAGUCCCAUAAACACACACAUACAAUCCCAUCACACUCCCACUUCCCAACUUUCCAAAAUUAACUUUCUCCUUCUUGUUUUUUAAAGAACACACAGCAUUACUGCCAUGUAUCCCUCUCUGAUCUCUGACAAACUUCCUGUUUUCUUAAAAGCAUUUUCAGUAAUACCCAUACCUGUACUGUGUACCAAGUCUGUGCAGGUAGGAUAUGUUCUACUCACUUCCAAAAGCCAUUUAUGCAUACAGUUUAUAUGCCUUAAAGGAGGAUUCAGUGUUCAAGUUUUUUCACUGAGAUGUUCUGCAUAAGUCAGUUAAAGUAGAAGUCAUUCAGAGUGGUUUGAUUUGAAAUACUCAGUUUUUGCCACUAACUAAGAUAUCUUACUAUAGAUAAUCUAUACUAUAGUUGUUCUAACUAUACACAUUUCCUGUCCUACAUCCUGUCCGCAUCACCUACAUGAGCUGCAUGUCCUAUACUUAAUAUUGGUUGAUUUGUAGAAGGGCAUGCAUCUAAUGUAGGCAAGGUGCCUUUCUAGGUGAGGUGUUGUGCCCAAUUUUGCACUUAUGCAAGAACCCCUCUCCCUCUAAAUAAAGGUUAGUCUACAGUUACAGUAGAUACAGGAAUCAGCAGUAUAAUCUGUUGUGCCUAUACUACUGGUAUAUAAUCUGCACGGUGCAUAUGCUCGUGAAGGAGAAUUAAAUUACUGCACAACAGCGCUACCUUUUUCUUCUUCUGUUAUUUAACCGAUGAUAAAAGCGGAUUUCAGCUUUCUGUUAUCUGUCAGAAUGUCAGAAACAUCAAAAUGUUUUCAAAUGGUUCAGUUAACCUGGACUGAGACCCUAAUCCAAGUCAGUUAAAAUCCGUUCAGGAUACAAUUCAGAUACCCUGAUCCAAGUCAGUCAAAAACCGAUCCAGAUACAAUUCAGAUACCUUGAUUAAAGUCAGUCAAAAUCUGAUCCAGAUAUAAUUCAGAUACCUUGAUCCAAGUCAGUCAGAAUCCGUUCAGGAUACUAUUUGGAUACCCUAAUCUAAUUCAGUCAAAAUCUGAUCCAGAUAUAAUUCAGAUACUUUGAUUAAAAGUCAGUCAAAAUCAUAUUGGGAUAUAAUUCAGAUCAAGUCAGUAAGAAUCCUAUUCUAAAACAUUUUAGAUCACCCUGAUCCAAGUGAAUCCAAACCCAAUUUACACAUGGUCCCUUAGUCUUUUUGCAUAUCGAGUAUCAGGAUUAUAUAUGGAUUAGACUAAGCCACCUAAAAUGAAGCCAGUGUAAACACACCCCAUUUAAAACAGAUCCAAGAGAUCCAAUAAUCAAGCUAAAUUGUAGUUUUCUCGUCUGCAUGUCCUGCUGAUGCUGCUGAGUUCACCCUUUAAAGUUUGAAGAGAUGCACAGCAGCAGGUGAGCAUAUAUAGCACAGCACAGGAAGUAGCUGAAAGGAUAAACAUCUGGUUGCCACGUAAAAAGCUAAUUUGCUUUUACACCCACCUCCAGCUCCCCACCACCCACACACACACAUACACACGGAGAGCAAUUAGAUUUCAGUCUAACAACAUUUUAACUGCAGAUCUUAUCAGCACACAAUCUUGAUCCUUAUCUAUUUCUCUCUAUGUUUAACCCUUUCAGAUUCUGUAAAACCACUCUGAAUGACUUUGCGUAGUGAUUUCUGAAUUGUGCAAGAAGUAUUUAAUUUAAGGUGGAAUUCUCCUUUAACCCAAAAGCAUUACUCAAUCAAGUUUGUGUUGAUUUUUGUUUGGUUAAUUGAUUUAUCCUUUGAUCAUUCACUUUGCAUUAAUUUAUUUACUCAAUGUUUGAUGUUCAGGGUGCUAUUUCUACCAAUAUUCUACAGAAUGGAGGAGCCAUUGCCAUGUUAUUAAUACAAAUUCCUCCUUUUAAAAAGAACUGUCUACACUGUCAUCAAUUGUACAUUCUACAGUUGCAUUCCUGAAUAUUGUAGACUAUUUGGAACAUAAUGAAUUGAGCUUUUUUUGUUUGUUUUUUAAACCAGCAUAUUUAUUAGAUGGUGCUUCAUGAAAGUAGCCUUUUGCAAUAUAUCUGUGUUAUGAGUUGAGUUACAGUGCUGUCCACGGCUCUGGAUGGAUGAUGUGGUUUCUGUUUUGACUGAAAGUUGUGUGUUGGGAUUAUCUUGUUUAAAAAAAAAAAAAAAACGCCACGGAUUUCCUCCUCAGUCCUCCAAGCUGUUUCAUCAUUAGCGUGUUCAUAGCUUUUUCUGCCUUGCACUCUUGAUCUCAAUCCUGUUGUGUUGUUUUCUAAAAAAAAAAUAAUAAUAAUAAUAAUAUUAAUAAUAAUAACUUAAUGCUGUUGCAGAUCUUACAGAAUCCCCAUGCUUUAAAUAAGCUAUUUUUGCACUUCCGAACUGUACUUGCAGUAGCCAAGUUCUAGUAACAGCCAUGCGCACACACACACUCAUACACACACACACUUACACACACACACUCCUGGAGGUUAAAAACGGCCUUUUGAUGCCCGUUGCUUGCCUGUCUGUGUACGAUGUGUAGUCUGUGUCUGUUAUAGGGCCAUGUAGUUGGUUGACAGCCUUUUGGAUAUUAAAAGUCCCUCUCUUAGGGACCUAUCUAUAUCACCACUUUAAAAGAAAAAGACUUAUAAAAAGAAAUGUUUUUUAUUAUUCAGAAGCUUAUUUUAUUGCUUUGUUUUAUAUAAUAAGUGUUUAAUGUUCAUAUACUGUGAGAUAGAGUUGUAUGUAGUUAAUUUAAUGACAUUAAGGUGCCAGUGCGUUUGGGCUGCCUUUUGUUUUCCAGCUUUUCUUAAAGAAACCUGAGCCUUCAUCCACACUGCGCUUCAUGAAUGCAGAGGCUCUGAGACUUUGAUUCAUGUCUUUUGUCAAGAUCUUCAGUGUGUGUCAGUAAAAUGAUGUGGGCCUACACAA